CAUAUACCUCCAAGCAGCUUGUGUUGUCCACACUCACCACUCUGCACGGCUUUACCACCUCGCAACUGGAACUGUGCUUCUCACAGCAACCAGACGCCAAAGAGGGACCGCCAAACAUUCAUCUACGCACGUAGCUCCCGCCCAUUGGACCUGCCGAACGCGACGGGUAAGCGAUCCGGAUCUUAAACACCCCGACCAGGUCAGCUGUGGUCCUCUGGCAAGGAGAACGCAAUGUUCCGUAAUCGUAACAAGGGAAGAGGGAAUGGAGAGAGACCAGGUCCGGCCGCGAACGAUGCCAAUAGCGAUGCCGGUACGACGAAGGAGAAGAAACCUUUUGCUCAGAGGAAACCUGCCAACACCGCUUUCAGACAACAGCGUCUCAAAGCUUGGCAGCCCAUUCUGACACCAAAGACGGUGCUGCCUACCUUCUUCCUCGUUGGCUUGAUCUUCGCGCCUAUCGGCGCUGUGCUGUACUACUAUGCCAAUAAGGUCAGCGAGUUCACAAUUGACUACACAAACUGCCAAAACGCUGGUGCAGACUGGGUCGAGAUUCCAACAGACAAGUAUGACUAUCAGCUGGCGGGCAAGAACAGCUCAAAUUGGUCCAACCCUCAAUGGCGUUUUGCACCUGCGCCCACCGCGCCGAACGGCAGUCACUGCGAAAUUCAAUUUUCGGUGCCAGAGGAUCUGCAGCCUUCAGUCUUCUUGUACUACAAGCUGACCAACUACUACCAGAACCAUCGUCGGUAUGUCAAGAGCAUCGAUACGGAGCAACUUCUGGGCGAUGUCCGAUCGCCAAGUGAUCUUUCCAGCGGCAAUUGCAAACCUUUGGGCGCAGAAGGUGGUCAGGGUAUCUAUCCCUGUGGACUCAUCGCGAACAGCGUCUUCAAUGACACAUUCAGCCAGCCACAGCUGCUCAACCCAGGAGGAACAGACAGCAACUCGACAUAUGCAAUGACCGAUCGGGGCAUCGUUUGGCCUGGGGAGAAAAACAAGUACAAGCGCACUAAGAACGAUCCCAGCACACUCCUGCCGCCCCCGUUCUGGCGAGGCACUUUCAACAACUCACAAGGCCUUGCGUACAAUUAUCCGAAUGGAUACACGGCCGAGAAUCUCUUUGACCCUAGCGAGGACGAGCAUUUCAUGGUCUGGAUGCGCACUGCUGGUCUGCCGACGUUCCGCAAGCUAUACUACAGGAACGACAAUGAUGUGAUGCUCUCGGGUCGUUACUUGAUCACCGUCAACGACAACUACCCUGUUGCCAUGUUCCACGGCACCAAGUCUAUCGUUUUCAGUACCGUCACAUGGGUGGGAGGACGUAAUCUCUUCCUUGGAGCAGCUUAUAUCGCCGUCGCGGCCCUCUGCGUCCUGCUCGGACUCAUCUUUACAGCAAGGCACCUCAUCCGCCCCAGAAAGCUCGGAGAUCUCAGUCUGCUCAGCUGGAACGACAAUUGACUUGGCUAGCAUCCUGCUCUGGUAAGCUAUCUGGACGUGUCUGGUAGACCGCCCCUUCUAUGACGAUUGUGCUCUCGUUGCGUUCCUCAGCGCUCGCGCAUCGCGGAAUCACUGGAACCGUGUAUUUCCUUUCUUGUGUUUACUUUUCUCCCGACCUUGCUCGAUCACACGUUUGACUGGCCCCCCGCGCUUGUGUGUUCGGUUCGUCAUUGCCGAUCUUCCUCUCUUGAGCCAAGUAAUACGAAUGUACUCUGCACGAAAUAUAGGCGACUAGAUCGAUCAUGCUUUAGCGCUUUGGACG